GGUGCCACUUGGCGGCCAUGGCAGCUGUAGUAUCGGUGGCUCCGGGUCAAGGCCCCUCGGAGUGGAGUAACACGGGCAGCACUGGGUAUAGGGUAGAGACAGCUUUGUAUCAGCUUCACUGCUGAACCCCACGACCCGCCAUUACCGGCCUGCAGGACGCCUUUCCUCACUCUAGACUCGGAGGAGAGUUUGCCGUGGUUGGUGGGCUGGUCCCGGAGCUGGGGGGGCGAUCACCUGCGGGGUGCCCCAGGGAGAUAAGGGAGCAGGGAGAACGAACUAGUUCACUGGGGUUUUCGUCCUUUUCUUGCUGCCAUCGGGCACAUUGCUUGUGGAGGAAAUAGGCCCAUUGUGCUGCCCGUAUUCCGACGAUUGAACCAAUAGCUCCUUCGUAUAGUUUCCCAUUGACUUCUCAUCUCUGUUAACCCAUGGGAAUCCAGUGACUGGUAUAUGAAAACUUACGGGCUGGGACCUAAGAUUGCUGAAAGUUGUCUCUAGUAUCAGCAAAAAGAGGGCUCUUUACAGAUACGUUCAAGAGAGAAGUGCCUCGUGAACGCAUCUGCCGGUGGGGAGGACGAAAGAACUGGAAAGUCCACCUGUUUCCUUGGAACAGUCACACGUGUUUAAGGACCUGAGCUCCCGAAAAAUUAUAGACUAGUGGUAUUGGAUGAAUAAAGAAGGCAGAAUGGAUGAUUUCAUCUCCAUUAGCCUGCUGUCUCUGGCUAUGUUGGUGGGCUGUUACGUGGCUGGAAUCAUUCCUUUGGCUGUUAAUUUCUCGGAGGAGCGACUAAAGCUGGUGACUGUUUUGGGUGCCGGCCUCCUCUGUGGAACUGCACUGGCGGUCAUCGUGCCUGAAGGAGUGCACGCACUUUAUGAAGAUAUUCUUGAGGGGAAGCACCACCAAGCGAGUCAAACACAGAACGUGAUUGCAUCAGACAAAGCAGCAGUAGUACCAGUUGCCCAUGAACAUGAGCACAGCCAUGACCACACGCAGCUGCAUGCCUACAUCGGUGUGUCCCUCGUACUGGGCUUUGUCUUCAUGUUGUUGGUGGACCAGAUUGGCAGCUCCCAUGUGCAUUCUACUGACGAUCCAGAAACAGCAAGGCCCAGCAAUUCCAAAAUCACCACCACGCUGGGUCUGGUCGUCCAUGCUGCAGCUGACGGAGUUGCUUUGGGAGCAGCAGCUUCUACUUCACAAACUAGUGUCCAGUUAAUUGUGUUUGUGGCAAUAAUGCUACAUAAGGCACCAGCUGCUUUUGGGUUAGUUUCCUUCUUAAUGCAUGCAGGCCUCGAGCGGAAUCGAAUCAGAAAGCACUUACUCGUCUUUGCACUGGCAGCACCAGUUAUGUCCAUGGUGACAUACUUAGGACUGAGUAAGAGCAGUAAAGAAGCCCUUUCAGAGGUCAAUGCCACUGGGGUGGCCAUGCUUUUCUCUGCCGGGACCUUUCUUUACGUUGCCACAGUACAUGUCCUCCCUGAGGUGGGCGGAAUGGGGCACAGCCACAAACCCGACCCCACUGGAGGGAGAGGCCUCAGCCGCCUGGAGGUGGCAGCCCUGGUUCUGGGUUGCCUCAUCCCCCUCGUUCUGUCAAUAGGACAUCAGCAUUAACUGGUGAGGGGCCAGCCUCGGUCCAUGGCCGUUCGCCAUUCAGUGAGAACAGCCGGCACGUGACAGGCGCUCACUUCGUCAGUCUCUCGUCUCGCCUCGCCCAUCUCCACCUGUAUUCCUGAAGAGUCCAGAGGGAGGUGAGAUGAAAACCUGGAGUAACGGAAAGCUUUUCAAGUAGAAACAACACACCGCGAAGGAUACAGACAUUCCGUUGUGUUGUCUUUUCAAGGGCCCUUGGCAUUUUGAGUUUUGAUGUUUCCCUUAACCCUAUUCUCAGGGAAGAUGGAAUUUAGUUUUAAGGAAAAGUGGAGAACUUCCUACUCACAAUGAAAUAAUUAUGAAAGUACAGUAUUCUGUAAUAAAGCUAAAUCUCUUAGUCUAGAGGCUCUGCCACUCUAUCCAUUGAUUUUUUAACAUGGUUCUCACCGUGUAAGACUGGUGCUUUAGCAUCUAUGCCACUUGCCUUGAAUGAAGGUCAUGAUGCCCACUGUGUUAGAUGCUAAAGAUAAGUAGUUCAUCUGGGGCUAGAGUCAAGAAAAUGAUGGCAAGAUACAUUGAAAACUGACUUUACACUUGAGAGAUCUGGAGAAGCAGGGACAUCUGGGGAGACUGAAACACCCCCUUCAGCACGUGCCUCUCCCCAGAGAGCCUGCCUUCCAUCAGAUGGGGGAGCAGAGGUGGACUAGCUUUUAAAGAGGUGACGUGUUUUAUAAAACAUUUUUUUUUUCAAGUCCUCCUGUUUGUAGUAGAGGAGCCAAGUUCUAAUAAGUUCAGACCAACCUAGGCUUACAGUCAGAUCCCAAAGUAUCUUUGGAAAUUAAGGGGUGUUAAAUGUUAAGUGAAUUUGGACAGUUACUGACAUCUUUGUAGUAACCUUUUUAGAAGAAAGAUCACCAAAACCUACUUGUCCUUUUUUUGUCUCUUAAAUAUUUAUCUUGGUAGACCAGCAGUCCCUGUGGCAACAUACUCAGUGCCCUUUUGGGACUGCCGGGUCAGUAUCACAUAAGCACCUGUAGCAGGGAAGAAAGUCAAGAUGUAUCACAAAUGGGAGGUGUUUGCCUGUUGAUUUAAAGCUUAUUAAAAUCAUGUCUUUUGUCUCUUCAUCUUUUCCGUAUUUUAUUCCUAACUUUUCCCUCCAGCCCUUCCUCCCUACAAUUUGCUGCUUACUGCUGCUGGUGAUGCCAAUAUUUGUGUGAGUUAAGUUCUCAUCAGGACAGCCUCUUCUUGGAACUGUGAUGAUAAAGAUAAUAUUGUCUCUGUCCUCUGUUCUUUUCAGUGAAGUUACCUUUGUGUCAAUUGCAGCUUUGUUAAGCCCUUAAAAUGUCAACUUCCUCGUAUGUGAGAUGAUACAAUCACUGAUACUCUGGUAAUUUAAACAAUUGAGAUAUUAAAAAUAGUAAGCAGACUAGGAUAAUUUGUCCAUAUUUGCCAAAAAUCCCUGUAAACCUUGUGUUAUCAUAUAAGUGUAUAAUAUUAUAUUGUUAAUUUAUUUUGAUUUUCUGUACCAUUUCAAAACACAUUUCAUAAAGUGGGAACCAAGACUAUUUUUGUCAGGGCAUUGGAUUUAGGAGUUUGUGAAACAUUUUAUAUAAUGCAUAAACCAGCAUGCCCAGGAUUUCUGUAUUUCCUUCCUAGAUUUGUCGCUGGGUCAGCAGCUGUGGAAAGAGAACUUGUGAGCCCUCUGCUGGCUAGACCAAAGUAGCAUAAACAGGAUCUGGUUUUGGAUAGUGGCUGGGAACCCUUGUGAACAGCAUAAAAACCAACAGAAGGUGCAGCAGGAAAGUCUAGGUGACUUUGCUGCUAACAGCUGGGACUUCAGAGAGUCAUGGGGUUUCACCUAGUCCUUCAAAAUGACAUGGUUGCCUUGAUUCUCCCUGGAAAUGUACUUCAUUAAAUAAAUAGCUCAUUUUAGUGUCUGGUCUGGUUUGAAUAGUGGCACUUUUUUAUCAUAUUGUUGUGCAAUGAUCAGAAAUUUGUUCUGCUGGCCAAAGCCUCUUUCUGCAGUGCCUUGCCAUGACACUUAAAAGUUGGGCUAGAAUAUCUUGACGGGUAGGGCCUUGAACUCUGGCAAGGGCAGAACCAUCUAACCUCCAAAUUGGCCUUCCCCUCUGGACUCCACAUUAAUAAGCAAACCUUUCAAGGCCUAUCAGCUCUCAAGAGCUAUGGGCUGUCCAAGAUUUUAAAACUGCUACCCCAGGAACCACUCAUUUCCCUCCUGGUCAGCAGGCAGAAAUAGCCAUACUAAUCUUACAGGGCUCAAACGCAUCUCUAGGCAGCAGGGUACUGA